GUCUUGUGGAGAAGAAGACCAAUGAGCUCCUGCUGCUGGAGUCCAUCCUGCGCUACACCCUGACUGAAGGCACUUCUCUGGACCUGCCCUUCACCAACCCACUGCUGGGAAGUCCUGAGCUCCUCCAGGAGAUCAACUGGUCCCAGAUCUGCCCACCACCUCCCACCCUGAACGCCAACAACAACGCCAUCGAUGCCUUGGAGGUGCCUCUGGACCAUGGUCAGCUCCGUCAGAUGGUUCUCCAGAACCGCAAGAAGGACUGGGACAACGCUGCUGGCACGGAUGAGACUGCACCAGGGAUGGAAUAAAUAGUUUUAAUCUUGAGUUCCCCUCUGCUUCUGCCUCCUGGACAUCAUUCCAUCUCCCUUCUCCUCUGGAAGGAGCCCAAUGCCUUCUGCAGGCUUCAAAAGGUGGUAUUUGGCAUGGCUCCACCCACUGCUGACAGCUGCUGUGUAAAGGGACCACUACUCUCCGGUGGGAUGCUGUCCCCAUGGCACAGCCUAGCACCCUUCCUGCAGCCAGGCAUUAUGUAGCUACUAGGGAGGAGAUGGGGACCACAGUCCCAGUUCCGCCCUAUGCUUGCCCAAGCAAUGUGCUUGCUGGGUGUUCUCUCCUAACCUGGAAGGAGCAGGCAGCUCUCUGCUGCCUAAAGUAAAGCUGAGGUCAGUGCUGGUGCUGGGCUGGUGGGACCAGAUGGCUGCUUGCCACAGCCCAAACGGGCUGUUUGGGGCUGGGAUCUGGGCCAGGCUGGGACAUGUGG